UAAUUAAUUAAGUUAACAAAAAUGUACAAUUAAAGAAAUAGAACACCUAUAUUUUACAAACCAUAAACAAUAAUCAAAAAUCAUUACACAUACUUUAAUAACAGUGACAUUUUGUACUCUUCUUUUUGCAGUUUAAAUGUGCUAUGUCCGAAUUGUUAUGAGCUGUGUGAGCACACGCACAUAUUCCUGAUUCUUCUAAAACAGAUGAAACUUCGGGGCUUUUUGUCACUUCAGUCCACUUCAUUGGCCAAAUGAAUAAGAUGUUGGGAUGGGGAUGGAUAUGGCAGAUGGUGAACUAACCCUUUCGUGUCCCUGACGCAGAGAUUUGGUGGCGAUGCUUUGCACUGGAUGUGUCCUGCAUCAUUCAUCUGCCCAUCGUGCUGUAAACCUGCAUCAUCAGGGAGCUCUCCAUGGAUAGAUCCACACUUGCCCAGCAGGUGGAGAGUGUUGAGCGCAAUGUAGCGUUUUUGCAGGAGGAGCACCAAAUCCUCCUCACGGGUCUGCGGCUGGAGAUACGCAACCUUAAGAAACGAUGCAAUGAACUGAGCUGUGAUCUCAGUGAAAAACCCCCAGCAAAAAGCCAAGAAGACAUAGAGCUGGAGGAAGAUCUGCUCCAGGUGCGGUUACUGGAAACAGAGCAGCAUCUGGCUGAGCAGGAAAGUGCGCUGGUGGAGCUGCGGGCAGAGCUGAGGAAAAAAGGAGCAAUCGCAAGCGCACUACAAGUCCGUCUUCGAGAUGAAGAGCGGCGCUUCCUGGAGGAGCUAAAACGACGUAGUCAUAAGAUUACAACACUGAGUCGGGACCUCCGCAAGCAGACCGAUGUGGCCGCUCAACUCUCCUUUCAGCUGCAUUCUGCACACUUUCGAUUGUAUCACCAGACUGAAGACUAUGAGGAGGAGGAUGAAGAAGAUGAGGAUGAAGGAGGCACACUGCAGGAACCAGAAUGGACUGCUAAUUCUUCAUGUGUGCUAGAAAGUCCUCAUCAGAGCCGAUCUUCAGGAAGGCUGCGGAGAUCAGAGAGAGUUCGGGAAUGUGUGCCCCGCGAGAGGGUGUUUGGGCCCGAGGAACCCCGCCCCAUGCCUGACCCCGCCCUCUUCCUCUAUCCGUUCAGACACAGGCUCCUCCCCCUGCGUAGCUCCAUUGGAGGCCACUGGAGGGAAGGCGGCCUUUCCAGGAUCUCAGAAGCUCGAAUAAGUAGACUCCGGGAUCGACCACUGAGGGAGGACAUUGGGCCAGAGACAACAGAGUUAUAGAGCACUUUAUUCCGUGGGUUCUUUUUAUUUUAGAAGCCUUGGUUCUGGAGGUAUGUUUAUCUUUCAUUUAAAUUAUAGAGAUGUUGAUGGUCUCCAAUGGCUUGCGUAGCAUUUCAUUUUCUUUACUAUGGAAGUCAUUGUUGAGCAUCAACUGUUGACCAUCAACCAAGAUUUGUCAAAAUAUCUUGUGGAAGGUCAGUAAAUUGCAGAACAUCUCUUAUAAAACAUCUCCUGUUUAAAAAGUU